AUGCCCAACAAAAAUAAGGAAAAACGAAAGAAUAAGCUCAGGAAUAAACAUAACAAAUACAAAAACGAAGAAAAGUUCUCUGAAGAUACCGAAAAUGUUGAAGAGGAUGCGGAAGAUGAGCCCCAAAGUGACGGGCCAAAUUAUAAAAGCCUCAAAAGAAAAAUUUCAGAAGACGAUUCCGACAUAGAAGAUGCUUCAAAGAAGAAGAAGAAAAAGCAGCCUAUAGCCACGAACAGAUCGGACCACAAGGGCAAAAAGUCGAUAAGACAAAUGAAGCGGGAAAAACAUGCUCAACGACAAGCAGAAGCUCAAGCUGCUGCGAAAGAUGAACUCAAAUCCCAAUGCAUUAGUUACUUGUCGCAAUGGAAACACGAUAGACAAAACUGGAAGUUUAUGAAAGCCAAACAGGUGUGGUUAUACAAAAACAAAUUUUCUUCCCACUUGGUACCAGACUCCUCCUGGCAGACUCUUUUAGAAUACUUUGAAUCUGCACAAGGUAACAUUCGCAACCUGUUACUUGAAGAUGCCAAUAAGGUGAUCAAAACAAUGGAUGAAUGGACAGAGUUUCAAAACAGUACUGAUAAAAAGGACAAGCCUGAAGGUGAUGGGACUAAAAAUUCAGAUGCAAAUGAUGAUGCACCUGCACCCAAACCAGAAAAACCAGAUGACACUAGUUAUAAGAGAGCUAGGGAUAUAAUACAAAGUUUACAAGAAUAAAAUGUUGAUUUCUUUUAGAUACUUUAUUAGAACUA